AUCAAACGGAUAGUGCAUCCUGCUAAAAGUUCAUCCGGAACACAAGACGCCAAAUCCUCGCCGUCUCUCUUCCCGCCUCGUUCCUCUCUCCAUUGCUCCAUCGCUGAGACUUCUCCUACGGCAUGGAGAAAGCCACCAAGAUCUCGCCUUUCCGUCUCUCCUCCCUCCUCCGCCUCGAGAAAAACGCUCGCCUCGCCCUCAAGCUCUUCAGGAACCCUAGGGCCACCGCGCCUGCGACGCCCCCGAAGCCGUUUCGCUACAGUGCUCGGUCUUACGACCUCAUCAUCUGCAAACUGGGCAGGGCGCGGAUGUUCGCCGAGAUGGAGGAGGUUCUCCACCAGAUGAGCCUCGAGACCCGGUUCACCACCAAGGAAGCCCUCUUCUGCCACGUUAUCUCCUUCUAUGGCCGGGCCCGCAUGCCCGGCCCCGCCCUCCACGCCUUCGACCGGAUCCCUUCCUUCCGGUGCCGGCGGACCAUCCGGUCCUUUAACUCCCUUCUCCACGCCAUGCUCAACUGCGGAGAGCUCGAAAGGGUCCAGUCCCUGUGGCGGGACCUCGACGAGCGCGAGUUCGUUCCGGAUGCGUGCACCUAUAACGUGUUGAUCCACGCCGCGACAUCGUCCGGGUCGCUGGGCGAAGCCUGGGACUUGUUCGACGAAAUGCGGAGGAAGGGGAUCCGGCCGAGCGUCGCCACUUUUGGGACUCUGGUCUCUGCUCUCUGCGCGAACUCGAAGCUAGAUGAAGCCUUUACGUUAAAAAAGGAGAUGCUGAAAUUGCACGGCGUGAAGCCUAAUGUUUACAUAUACACCUCUCUGAUAAAAGGGCUUUGCAAUACAAAUAAGUUGGAUCUCGCCCUCAAGCUUAAAGAGAAGAUACUCCUGGAGAAGGAUAUAAAGUUGGACUCAGCGAUGUAUUCUACUCUAAUCCGGGCGCUCUUUCGAGAUGGUAGGAAGGGGGAGGUGGUCAGGAUUCUGGAGGAGAUGAAGGAGAAGGGAAUAAAGCCCGACACCGUUACCUACAACGCAAUGAUCGCGGGGUUCUGUGAGGAUGAGAAGGACUUCGAUGCUGCAUUUGAGGUGCUGAACGAGAUGGCGAGAAACGGGCGCAAGCCUGAUGUGGUGAGCUAUAAUACGAUCAUCGCAGGGUUUUGCAAAGAGAGGAGGUGGAGGCAUGCGAGUGAGCUGCUCGAAGAUAUGCCGAGGAGGGAGUGCCGCCCUGAUGUGGUGAGCUACCGAACACUCUUCGAGGGGAUGUGCGAUGCGGGGGCGUUUGAGGAGGCGGGGUUGCUUUUGGAUGAGAUGGUGUUUAAAGGCUACGCGCCUGGAGCGGUGAGCGUGAGGAAGUUCGUGGAGGGACUCGGUGGAGAAGGGGCGGGUGAUCGGGCGGGGCCAGCUCUAUGUAGUUUGGCGAAGGUGAAAGCUGCGGGAGUAGAAGUGUGGGAGAAGGCGGUCGGGGACUCGGUGAAUGAGUCUGAGCUGUUGGAGGUAGUUAAGUUUAUGGAUCGCUUAAGAAUGGAUUAGAGGCCUGGAAAGCUUAUGGAUUGAUUGUUUGAGAAUGGUAGAAUUCCACAUGAACUUUGUCCAUGAAGAAGUUCUUCUUUCAUGCGUUAAUUCCAUUGGAUAUUGAGAUUUUGGGACCAGUUCCAGCAUUGGCCAAAGGACCGGCCAGCACUAAUGGCAUUGCCAAGUAUUUCGCCAUUAUCUUGAAGAAAAUGCUGAAUACCUGCAAUGCUUUUGAAAAAUUUGCAAGAUAUGUGGAACACGACAUGGAAAGAGGCUGAGCAUUUACAUGGUAAUGUUUUUUGAUGUAAAGAUAGAAGAACCCGUCGACCUUUUCGGCUUUUGUUAAGUUAGUGAUGAGAACAUGGGAGAAUUGGAGAAGGCCGUUAAACCAAGAAAUUUCAGAAAGGAAAAUGGUAGGAAAGAACAGAGGGUGAAGGAUAUUUAUAUAGUUCACAACACAUUGAAUUCCCAAACAAGCCUCUACAUCUUCUCUCUAAUAACUUGCUUCAGGAUGGUAAUCUAAGAAGGGAAGAAGAAGAAGAUAAGAUUUUUCCUUGCAACAGGUUUUGGCAGAUAAGAUGUUGGAAUUUCUAUCAAGCUAAACGGCCCAGAGCAUCACCUUAGUCGAGCUGCCCCAGGUCUGAUGCACACAAGGGGGGAGCGUGUAUAAUCUUGCAGAGGAAAGGAUGGAGGAGGAGGAUCGCGCUUCAAAGUUUAAUUAGGAACACCAAGAUGGAUGUUCGUGCUGAGUCUCAAGUGGCAUUGCAGAAAAAAGAGGAUGACGAUGGUGGAGAGCGUGGAGGGGGUGACAGUGGGGUGAUGCGAUGGCAGGGAGUGGAGAGGGCGGAGGUACAAUGGGGUGGCGAGGAGGAGGAAGAGAACACUACACUUCUGACUUGUGAGAAAGUGUUGCGUGUUACAAGGGGACGAACAACCUACUUUCAAAGGCAGACAAAUUCCAGUAGGAGAUAAUUGCUUAAAGAAGCUACUCCAAUAUGGAAUUAUAUGAUCUUUUACAUCAUUUUGUGUGUACAGUCAAAAUUGUGGGCCAAGACGACUUGGAGAAUAACAAACAAAUUGAAUGAAUGGUAGAAAAAAUAGUUCUCAGCAAUGGAUGCGAUCUCCAAAACUAUAAAGAACAGCAUACAGAAUUUAACGAACACGUUUGCUGGGAUCACUAGUCUAACAUCUUCUGAACCUUUGGCUUUCUGUUGCUUGCGCUACAAUUGUAUAGGGAAUCUGAAAUAAGGAUCAGAAAUCAAUGUUGUCUUUAAUUUGAAGGAGAUAAAGCUCACGGCAUGCUAUGCUGGAUGUGAAGGUUGUCUGCAAAGUGAACAGCAGUACUCCUGAGCUAUUUACAUUCAUGAAGUUGAGCGUGUAGAAGAAACCCGACUAUGAUGCAAGCCAUCUGAGCCAAAUGACAAAA